AUGGCGACAUUCAUCACUGACAAGGUACUACACAUCAACAACGACCUCGUCCAGUUGUUCCACCUCGACACACAGGCACUCCUCGAGGACCAGCACCCCCACGCAAACAAUUCUACCACCUCCACUCUUAAGACUACACCAAGGCCUUCCUCGUCAAAGAAGGAUACGUCAGCCAACCCUGCCGAGCAAGCUGACCAUGCCCUCCUGACAGGUCUGCGCGAUGCCGUUGGGCUUCUCGAUCUUCGCUCAGGAGCCGUCCCUCCCAUGGAACGGGCUUUGCUCGCGAUCCAAAAGGUCGAGGUGCUGGCCAAAAGCUUCGGCUCCGGCUCCAAGGAGGGAGGAGGAGACGAGGCAGCAAACCUGGAGCAUCUCUUCUUGGCAAAGGCCACCGCAACCGUCUACCUCAACCUGCUCGACAUUAUCCUGAAUGCCACUUUGCCCUUGGCCACCGAGAUGGAGUAUUGGCAAUCGCUGCAGGACAGCUCCUCCUGGCGAAUUCUUUACAUCCUCCAGACCUCGCCUUACCGACUCUUCUCAUUGACAAGAUCCGUCGCCCUGACGACCAAGGAACAUAUCGACUCACUCAUCGCCACCAGCCAAGAAUCAGAAGGCGCCAACCACAUCCUGCAAUUGAUCAAGUACUUCCCAACAUUCCUUAACAACCACCUGAUCUCUCAGCCCGUCUCGUUCCCUCUGGCGAUUCAUUACGAGAUCAGUCACCACCGCAAGCAGUUGCAGAGGAUCCGGGAGUACCAGGCGGAAUGUCUGGGUCUCCUUGCUGAGCAGGGGUUGAACCUGGACCCGGAGCAUUUGGAGGAUUCUAUUACUCCCUCGGAAUCAUCGAGUUCUAUGGUGAGAGCGAGUGGAGCAAGUAACGACAUUGCUCAGGCACAGGCGUUCGUCCAGGAGCAGAUUUCAAAGACUGUCUGUCUCAUGGAGCGCGUCCUCGACAAGGCCUCCAAGGACACACACCACUUCACCAACCACCAACAACAAAAGGUCUCCUCCAAGAAAGUAACGCGAUCUCUCACCAUGCUCGGAAACCUUCAAGGGGUCUCCAAUCUCAACAACGAUGAAAUGCUGGCCCAUCUCAAGAACCUGAUCACAGUUCAGAUCCCGCGCUAUGUUGAAGAGACAGAGGGCCAAGCACGUCAAUUCCAACGCCCUUCGUGGUUGACCAGGAUCUGGAUCUCGGCCUUGAUCGGUUACUUUGGACUCAAGUACGGUAUCCAGUACAUCAGCGAACACCGUGCUGAUCUGGAUGAAAUGCUGGAGGAGGCUUGGGAUACUGCCAAGCGGUUCGUGACGGAUUGGGUUUGGGAGCCCUCCGUCCGUAUCAUGAACAUUAUCCGACAUUCUGAUGAUCAAGGUUCCCUCCAGAUGCUCGGAAACGAAAGUCUCCAAUCUGACAUUGCCAGUUUGGAACGGAUGGUUCUUGCCUUCGGAAGGGACAACUACAACCUGGGACUGGACGAGUUGGAGGCACUGUCCAAGGCUGUUCAUAACGGAGAUAUUUCUGUUAUCAUGCGAGCCUACGAAAACGAGCUCAAGACUCCAUUGAAGGGCGCAGUGGCAGGUCACCUAGUGCAAACCCUCCUAAUCCAAAUCCAAAAGACAAAAGUCGAUGUCGAAGUCGCCAUGGCCGCAUUGGACAAACUCCUCAAGGCCAACGAACUCAACUUUGCAUUCCUGGCCGUCGGACCCAGUUUAUUGCUCCUCUGGGCGGUCUCGGCACAAGCCAAGAGCUCAUGGCAGCGGAUUGCGGGAAAGAACUUGGGGAUUGUUUCGAUCCAGAUGCGGAACUCGUUGAGACAGGUUGAGAGGCUGUUGAACCUUGCCUCGACUGAUGGCGACUCGCACGCCAAGGCUACUGAGAGAUCAAAGGCUGUCAAGAAGAUAAGCCAGGACAGCGAGUACGACGACCUCCUCUCCAUCACCAGCUCACCCGCCAUGACUCCCUCCUCAGACCUGACAACCGAGCCCUUGACGAACUCGUUGUCGGCCUUGCCCUCGACAAUGACCUCCGAGAAGCUUGACAGGAUCAGGGCCAAGAAUGGAAAAGUCCCUUACAAGACCCAAGGCCUCAUCCUGUGUGAAGUGCAUCUCCUCAGGACAUUUGCGGCGCGUCUGACAAGGAAUGAGGGGCUGCGGGAUAAAGUCUUGGAGGAUCUGCGCGAGAUUGAGGAGAGUUCGCUUACAGUCCAUCAGCGUUUGAGGACCACCAAGCGCAUGUAUAGAACUUAUGGCUUCCUGGGUUUGAACAAUUGA